AGAGUUCAGGAUUGAGGUUAUGGUUUUGUUUUGAUCUUGUAGCAUGAUUCUUUUUUUAUUUGAAAAUUUGUUACAACAGGUCUGCAGUGACAUUUCGAGAGUAUUGAUGACUUUGAUCACUGGUACAUCUUAUAUUUUUUACAGACAUUACAAAAUAGAUAAAUCCAGGAUCCAAUACAUAUGGAACCUGAACAGGUCUUCAUUAAAGCUGAACCCUUGGAUUCAGAUGAAGAACUUGCAGAUUGUGACUUGAAGAUUGAUGUCAAGGUGGAACCUUAUGAAUAUGGUUCCGAUUCAGACGAAGAACACUAUGAGGAAGUUCCUUCUGAAACUUUUUUCAAGCGAAUACCUGUUGAUGCUGAACCUGGUUGUAGUUCAUGGGAAUCGAGUAUUGAAAAUGACGAUGAUGAAACUAUCGAUUUGGAUAGCAGCGAAACUCACUUGAAUAGCAAUGAUGGCAGCGCAAAUGAAAAUGAUGAGGCAAAUGAGCUGCUGCUGAACAGUGAACAAGAGUUGAUAGUGUUGGAGCCAGAUGCUCUGAAGGCGGGGUCGGCAUCUGAUGACAAACAGAAACGGCCAUUAUUGUGCUCAGUGUGUGGCUACGUUUGUUACCAGACUUGUCAUCUCAAGACGCACAUGUUGAGUCACACUGGAGGAAAACCGUUCGCCUGCACAGAGUGCGACAAUUCGUUCAAUCGCGCAUCCACUCUUAAGAAUCACAUGCGUCUGCACUCAGGCGAGAGACCUCACAAGUGCAGGUAUUGCGAGUACAGCGCGAUUCGGCCGAUGCCUCUCCGCAGGCACAUGCUCAAGGCGCAUCCCAGCCAGAAACCAUUCCAGUGCCAAGUCUGCGAUUUUGGAUGCUCCUUCUUUUUCCAACUCAAGGCACACGUGAAGAUGCACACUGUUGAGAAGCGGUUCCAGUGUGACGAAUGCACUUUCACCACCAAAAAUUCUCAUCAACUGAAACUCCAUAUCAUGUGCCACACUGGCGAAAAACCAUUUCCUUGUAGUAUCUGCGAUUUUAAAUUUUCAAAAGCGAGUCAUCUGAGAAUGCAUAUGAGGCGGCACAACAACGAAAGAACGCAUCAUUGCAUCGAGUGUGACUUCUCUACUUUCGACAAUGCAACCCUCAAAGAUCAUAUUGCUGGCCAUAUUGGCAAGAGACUCUACAAUUGCUCUUUUUGUGAUUAUGGAUGUAAGAAUCGUACAAGCUUUGACAAUCAUAUGUCAAAGCACACUGGGGACCUUUACGAAUGUAAAGAAUGCGGUAAAACGUUUACCAAUUCGGUGUACCUUAAAUUCCAUACAAUGUAUCACACAAACGAUAAACGGUAUCAGUGUAAGUUGUGUGACUAUAGGGCGUACAAAAGUGUUCAUCUGACGGUUCACAUGCGAAGACACACUGGCGAAAAACCGUACAAAUGUGACGUGUGUAGUAGUAGUUUUAGCCAGUCUUCACACCUAACAUUGCAUAUGAGAACACACACUGGCGAAAAACCAUUCAGUUGCACAGUAUGUGAUUACACCUGCACUCAAUCAUCCCAUCUCAAAGUCCAUUUCAUGGCUUGUCAUCAAGGUUUGAAAAUUCCAAGAAAGCCUCCCAAGAAGAAGUCGAAAAAAGUUGAUCCAUUAAUUGAUUCGAAAUCGACUGCAGUUUUGAUUAUUGAUUUGAAUAAUCCUACAACCAACUGAGAUUCGCGAUCGCACAACACUGCACUGCCCAGCUGUUCCAUAUUGGAACUUUGGAAAUUUCUUAUUGCCAUUUCAAAACUUAGUUGACAAUAAUCAUUAUCUGUUGAAAUGAGAAUGGAAGUCCAAUUCAAGUAGUACAUGCAUUAUAUAUGAUUGAAUUCAAUAUUCUCAUUAACUACAUUGACAAACAAUUCUUCCAUUGGUGAAUUCAAUAUUCUCAUUAACUGCAUUGACAAACAAUUCUUCCUUUGGUGAAUUCAAUAUUCUCAUUAACUAUAUUGACAAACAAUUCUUCCACUGGAGUAUACUUUUUGUGUUUUCUCUUAUUUUCAAUUUCCAUAUUGUUUUAUGGAAAUAUUACGCCAGAGUGGAAUGUUGAGUUCCAAGUUGAUGAAAAUCUG